UCGUUUUCCUUAUUCAUUUAAUCGAGGUAUUCUCAUUUCAACAAGUCACCUAAUUCUCUGUUGAAAGAUUUUUCCAUCGCCUUCUCAAACGGGUGUUGCUACGGAACCUAAUCGUACUAGAAGAUGUUCUCAGAAAUUGCAUCGUUUCUCCUUACAAUUAAGGUUUUAGAUUGGGAUUUUAGGGUUACAAAUGAAUCGUUUCUUCUAAUUUUCAGUACUUGAAACAGCUUUUAGUUGCCAAUUUGAUGAUCAUGGGUGGUGUUGCUACUUAUCAUCUGAAGACUGAAAAACUCCCUACACCAGCGGAGAUGAUUCAACCUCGUUAUGCCCGAGAGUAUAAAUUCCUAAUCACGCAGCAGCAGUCAAGGUAUGAAAUACUACGGCCAAGGGUGGCUAACCAAGCCUGUUGGUGUACAAUCUUGGUGCACCCAAGGUACAAAUGGCGCUUGUUCAGGAAUCAUCAUCAAAAGAAGUUGUUGAAAUCAACAGCAUGUCGACAUCAAAAGAAGAUGAAGAAGAGGAAAUGUCAGAAUCUGAUUCUGAUGAGAUUAGUAUGUCAGGACUAUUGUGGACAAGCUGUAGAAAUGAAGCACUGUACUUAAUAUAUUCACCUUUGUUUGUUCACAUCGCUUCUGGAAGUUUAGAUGAUAAAGAAUUUGAUCAAUACGUUGCUGAUUAUGCAUAUCUUCUGAAAGAUUUUGUGGAAGUGUAUAAGUUAGCAGCAGUUCAAUGUAAAAAUGUUUCUCAUAAGACUGAAUUCUUAAGGUGGAGUAGUAAUGUGAAGCAAGAAUUGGGAAGGGACAAUUCUCUUGUUGGACAAAAACUGGUUUUAAACCCUACAAAAGAGACCACUCUUCACCCUGCAACAGCGAAAUACAAAGAGUUCUUGUUAGCAACUGCUUCGGGUAAUAUACAAGUUAGUGAAAUUCCAAUACAGCAGUCAAAAAUUCCUGCCUAUACUCUUGGUGCUGGGAUGCCAAGCCUGAGACUCUAUGCCUUUCUUAGUGAGGCGAUGCAGAACCUUGUCAGUCCUUAUGUUUAUUCUCACCCAUACAGCAAGUGGUUGAAGGAAUAUUCUUAUGAAAGUUUCGAGAGAUCAUAUCUGGAUUCUGAGAAAGUGCUUGAUGAGCUAUGCGACUCUUUGACCGAAAAAGAGGUUGAAGUCGUAGAAAGGCUUUAUUAUCAAGCUAUGGCACUUCAAAUGGACUUCUUUUAUUCUCGACAGUCUGAGCAAACCCUGAUCAUCCCGAUAUAUAGAAAGCUUGAUCCUAAGGAGGAACGUCUGAUGCUAUUUGCAGAUUUUGAUUUUACAUGUACCAGUGUGGCUUCUUUGGAAAUAUUAGCGAACAUCGAAAUAUUGACUGCUCAAAAACCUGAUCAGCAACUGCAGGGUGAGGAUAGAGAGAGAGAUUCUCAUAUUACAUAAAUAGAUUUGAGGAAGACUUGGGAGCUUCUUUCCCAGCAGUAUACUUGGGAGAAUUAUAAUUUCGUUGAGAAAAUUAUGCUCGGUAAAAAAGGUAUGAUCAGACAAUUGAAUCAUGAAUUGGCAUGUUAUACUUAUCUAGAACGUUUUGAACUCUUAAGUUGUUGUAAACAGAAAGAGACCAAGUGUUUGCUUACUUCUUAGAUGUCUGUUCCUCUGGGAGGAGGAGACCAAUGCAAAUUAUAUCUGUUCUGCCUAUGAGGCUUUACAGUUUUCUUCCUA